UUCGAGACUCUAACACACCACUGAGGACUACUGGAGGCCACGUUAACCACUAUGGCACCUGCUAUGGAAUGAUCCAGAAAGAUCUAGCCAGCAAAACCUAAUUCCCACCAAGAGAUCCCGAGAGAGGUGAGGUGAGGUGGUGACAAAAGAACCCUGGAUGUUUUCACUCUGAAUGAGACGGAGGGGAUUUAAAAGACCUCCUGCUAAGAAUGCUGGGGUUAGAGAGCCGGCUGAGGUCCUUCUCCCAUCCAAACUCUGCCUCAGUAUGUGGCGAGUCAGCCACAGCGCCAUGACCAGGGUGGCCUCAAGACAUCGACGCUCCAUGCAGACGUUCUCCUUCACUCUCUGGAUCCUAAAUGCUUUGAUUCUCAGUCAUGGGAGUGACUUCCGACCAGAUGAACGCAAAGGUUUGCAGCUUCUAGAGACCCAGGGCAGCAGCAGGCAAAGGUGGCUGGAGGGGGUGUCAACCGUGGACGAGCUGCUGGAGCUGCUGUACCCUGAAUACGCGCUGGCGCAGCGCUGCCUCAAGAGGAUGGUGCAGGACACGCCCACUCUCCCACUGUCCAAUGAGGAGACUGGCAGGUUUCCCCGAGAGGCAUCCGAGCCUCAUGCUGAAGAAGCCAUCAAGGUGAUCGUCAAGGAGAUGCAGCUCACUGCCUGCCAGCCGCGUGAGGUGUGCGUGGAGGUGGCAAAGGAGUAUGUGGAGAGCACCAGUCACUUCUUCGUGCCACGCUGUGUCUCCGUACAUCGCUGCGGGGGCUGUUGUUACAACGAGGGCCAGGAGUGCACCAACACCAGCUACACCCUGGUGCAGAAGACAGUGGUGGAGUUGGUCCCGGUGCAGAACGGCAAAUCAAUCAUCAAAACAACAUUCGUCAACCACACCUCCUGCGAGUGUCAGCCAAAGAGCCCCCUACACGUCAUCAGCAGAAGGGCCACAGCCAACAGCCUGCUCUCCCGAUGUUCCCCUCCAGAUGUUCCCUGCACUCUUGGGCUGGUGUGGAACCCCACCGAGUGCAAAUGCAUGCCCUUGAGUCCCCUCUCUGCCAGGGACAUAGCACCCCUGGACACAGCUCUGCUGGCCCUCUGUGGCCCAAACCGGACUCUGAACAGACAAUGCGAGUGCGAGUGCCGGAACGGGUUGACGCAGGCCAGCUGCGGACCGCGUCGCAUGCUCAACGAGGAAUCCUGCAAAUGUGUCUGCAGGGCACCUGCCCCGACUGAGCCAUGUCCCCCAAACCAGCACUGGAACCGGGAGACGUGCAGCUGCGUUUGUCAGGCUAACUGCACCCUAGGCUACUCACCCGUCCCAGAAGAGUGCCACUGCCAGUGCAGGAACAGCCCACGCAUCUGCCGCUUGAAGGGAAUGACCUUCAGACCAGAAAACUGCAGCUGCCAACAAGGGCAAAAAACAACAACGUCAUACCGUGAUGAUGGAAAGCAGAAGUUCAGCAUGUCUUCCCUGGGCAAACAUAAACUCACUGGACCAGUGUAAUGGAGUUAAAAAAUCUAAAAAAAUGCAACACAAACACACAAGAUAACCAGCACCUGCCUUCAAAGCGGGCGUGCUACCUUUGGAAAACACAUCCAGACAGUAUUAGAAAGGGGGCGGGCUUAAUGACUGCUACUGUCAUGUUUAAUAUGGUACAAAUGAAUAAUGACAGAUUUGCCAGUGUUUCAUUUACUUAAAGUACUCUAUCAUUUUAACUUUUAGUCAAACAGCAAUGCGACUAUUCCAUGAAAUUCUUUUACAUGGAUAUUUGUAUGUUUUUUACUACUUGAAGACUGAAAGAUAUUGUAAAAAAAAAACUUUAACUUGUACCUAAUAACAGUAUGUUUUAGUUUUAAUGGUAAAUGUUGAAAUUAAUAUUUAUUUAUGUUUCUAUGACUAAUUUUCUACCCAGUACAUAAACACGUGACUGCACAAAUCUAAGGUCAAUAAAAACAGAAAAGAAAAUAGAACAAAGGAUUGUGGAUAUUAAACUAUACCACUCGGUACUAAAACGGUUUGUUGAUGCAAUGUUGACAUUAUAUUACAGAGAAAACAUUACACAAAAAAAAAUUCACAUUGCGCACACACAAGAUUUGACACAACUAACUUGGACGUGGCAGGUUUAGUAUUAACGUCUUGAAUAGUUUCUACAUUAUGUAUAUUGGAAGUUUUGUUUCAGAUUUUUGCUGCAUUAGUAUAUUUACGUACCAUAGAUAUCACAAACAAAUUCUGUGUUCUUGGGGUCACAGGGAGUUCAACGGCUAUUGCUGGAUACACAGGGCAGAAGGCAGGGGAUACUGACCAGGGGUAGGACUCAAACCCACAACCAAGGGGCAAGACUGCAGUGUUGCCCCAUCUGCCCCAGGGCUCACGACACAUUACUCCCAGGUUCAUAAUCAAAUUUAUCUGCCACUUGUGCCACAGUAACCCUUCUGUUGGUUUGUAAAAGAUGGGAUAACCUUCGUUCACAUCCGGCAUUGUCCUGGCUGCGCAUCAUCCUGUCGACUUUGUGGAUUUUCCCUCCUCAGACCUCUCAGUAGGCUCUCACCACGGCUGACAGUGAGCCCAACUGUCUCUCAGGUGCCCAGACACAAUCAUCUGACCAUAAUGAUUUGGCCCUUGCCUUGCCAAAGUCACUCAGAUCUUUUUCCAUGUCAAUAUCUUCUGCAUUCAACAUGUCAACAACAACUACCGAAUAUUAGCUUCCCAUUUAAUAUAUCUUGAACAUGGGGGUGGUCAUAAUGUUUUGGCUCAUUGGUGUGUAUAUUAUUAUAUAUGAUAUAUAAGGACAAUAUUGA